CCCGCCUGCUUGCUUCAACUCUCUCUCUCUUUCUUCUCUUCUGCCGGUUACUCCCUCUUUCUCACUUCCAUUCUCUCUCGCUCUCUCUCUCUCUCUCUCUGAAGCUCCUUUGUCUUUAGUCUUCUCUUUCUUUCCCUUCUUCCUCUUUCUGUAUUGAUUUUGUGUUUCUGCUAUAAUACAAGCUAGUGGGUUCAAGAAAUUAGGUUCCCAGCUGAGAGGUUGAUGGGUUCCGGAGAAACAAAAAGCUCAACAGGCUAUGGCAGUCCACCCUGGAUUUUCAAAGGCAGUGCCUUGUAUCAACUCCAUCUUGUGAAAGCUGAAACCGCUAGAGCAUUCAUCCCAAAGGAGCUCCGCCUGGUUGAAGCUUUUGGGUACUCUUAUUUUUACCUGGUAACUCUAUGGGGGUUUAUUAUGGGGGUUUAUUGUGUUUUCUUUUCCCCACCAAUUAAUCAACAGCAUGCACAAUGCAGAUACACAUUGGGUGGUUUUUUCCUUGCCAACUACGAUCACAGCCCUGCCGGCGUCUUUGAUGAGCUUGUGGUGAUAGCGGGGAUCGUGUGGAAUCCGCCAACGUCUUGCGCCAGAUGGGCAGCCAGGGUUCUUGUGAACAGUGAAGAAGCUUGUCACCAUGGACGGAAGGAUGUAGGGCUUCCAAGUCAGGUAGCCAGAUUUUCAAAGAGAAUUACACCAGUUCCUAGACAAACAAAGGACAGAAUUGGUGGCUUUCUAAACAUGAUUGGUGUGAGCACUACAAGCUGCCACUCCAAAGACUGUAUGGAUGUUCAGGUGACGGAAGUUUUGGGUCCCACUCCAUUGGAUAUCUGUAAUAUCAAACUUAUAACCGAUGUGCCUAGUCCGAAACUCAACAAAUGGAUGGGUCCAUCGAUCAGAAUGUCACUUCCAAGCUUUAGUGGCCAAACAGAGUAUAACCCCAACCUUUUGAAGUAUGCAUGCCGUCUUGCCUGCAGAGUACGAGCGGUGCGGCCAGCAAAAAUAUCGGGGCCAUCACCAUUAAAGAAUGAAAGAAAUAGUGAUUCAGAAAGGAGAGAGUUUACAGCCGAGGAAGCGGCAGAUAAUGGAAGAAACCUCAGCAUAUCGGUUAUGUUAUCAAAGCCUAUACUAGCUUUGGAGUUCAAUUGCUUGGAAAUGCAAGUUGAAGCUCCCAUCAUACCAUCCAACAACUCUACAAGCUCUUUACCAGGUGCUUGAUCCCCCCCACACACACACAACAAAAUUGUACUAUUUUCCUCCUUUUUCUUGUUUCUUGUUGUUACAUCAACAUAAUAAGAUUCUACACUCCAGUCAGAUUCCAUUGAGGC